AUGACUGGUAUGGACACGGCGUGGAUUCCCUUUGCGGUUUUGUAUAUUCUCUACCAGAUUCCUCCCACGAUGAUGGAAGUGUAUUCCUACUAUAGCCGUGGAGGUUUGGUGGGCAUUGAGGACAUCAAGUACGAUGACACUUUUACAUUUCAUUUUCAGUGGUUACAUGACAAGGAUAUAUAUUUAAAACGUUAUUGUGAUAGACCGAUAAGUGAGGCAGGCAAGGCAUUUUUCUCGUGGCUUGAUUGGAGCGCAGAGGCAUAUGAUCGUUCCAUUUACGUGAUGCGAAGAAACCACGCACGUCGUGAUGGGGAGGUCUCCAUGUGGAAGCGAUACAUUUACGGUCCUUUUGUCUUUAAUUGGCCAAAGAAGCAAUGGCUUCGUGGUGAUGACAGCUGUGGGAUGCGGAUGCCUGCGUGGGGUGUAGGCGGUGAGGCACGUGCUCGCCAAGAGUAUGCCGCUGCAAAGGCGAAGGGCUUUGAUAAAAAUUGGCAUUAUCAGAUCAUGCGUAAAAUUCGUCGAGAGCAGGCGAGGAAGGCCUCCGCUGACGCUGCCAAGGCAUAA